UGAGAGAGAGAGAGAGAGAGAGACUUUCCGAAACACACCGGAAGGAAGCAUCCAGCGGGAGUAGUAACUGCAGCGCAGAGCUGAGGUGAAUUUUCAGUAGCUGUAGCUUUUUCUGUUUUAUUCAAAACAAACACGUUUCAUUUUCUUUUUUUAUUAUGGUGGUACCGCCCCAGUGAAUACAGCUAGAGACCGUAAAGGAGACGCCUUUUGUUUACGUUCCUCCUGCUGACAGCGCGUAAACAAGGCAGGUGUGAAUGACCGACGUGGUGCCCUCCACUGCGCUUAGCGAGAUCAAGCUUCGUCUGCUCUGUCACGAUGACAUAGACACCGUCAAGCACCUGUGCAGUGACUGGUUCCCAAUUGAGUAUCCAGACUCAUGGUAUCGGGACAUCACUGCCAACAAGAAGUUCUUCUCCCUGUCCGCCACGUACAGAGGCGGCAUCAUGGGAAUGAUAGUGGCUGAAAUUAAAGGCAGAACGAAAGUACAUAAAGAGGAUGGAGACAUUCUGGCCUCUAGCUUCCCUGUUGAUACGCAGGUCGCUUACAUAUUAAGUUUAGGAGUUGUAAAGGAAUUUAGGAAACAUGGAAUAGGUUCUCUUUUACUAGACAGUCUGAAAGAACACAUAUCCACAAUGGCUCAGGAUCACUGCAAAGCAAUCUAUCUGCAUGUCCUCACGACAAACAACACAGCCAUUCACUUCUAUGAAAACAGAGACUUUAGACAGCACCACUACUUGCCUUAUUACUACUCAAUACGGGGGGUGCUGAAAGAUGGCUUUACAUACGUGCUGUACAUCAACGGCGGGCACCCUCCCUGGACAAUCUUUGACUAUAUUCAGCAUAUAGGGUCCACUUUAGCGAAUCUGAGCCCCUGUUCCAUUCCCCAGAGGAUAUACCGUCAAGCACAGAGCCUUCUCCGUAGUUUUUUACCCUGGUCAGGAAUUUCUGCCAAGAGCGGUAUAGAGUACAGCCGGACGAUGUGAGGCGGGGGCUGAAACGAGUCUGAAGGGGGGGGCUGGAUUAAGUUAUGGAAUAUCGCUCUUCAUGUGUGGAUGGAUCUUGCUGUGACCUCCAGCCACCUCCACUCCAGAGUGGGACCUGGUGGUGACUGUGAUUUCUAUCAAAGGGCAGUCCCUCUCGCAGACUCAUUGUAUUAUAUAUGUACAUACACACACACACACACACACACACACACACACACACACACACUCACUCACUCACUCUGCGUCGCUGGCUGUGUCCACCGCCAUCGACGUGCCUGUAAUUUGCUGCUGUGUAGAGAACAUGAAUGUGUGUCUCGUCCAUAGAUUUUUAACGAAGUUGUAGAUGUGUGCGUCUGUUUCUAUUAGGGUUGAAAUCUGAGCAGUAGCAGCAUUCCCUCUCAAGGUAAUGGCUGAUCCUUUACCAUCUGAACUGUGUGCACAGCAUAGGAACAAGUAGCCUUCAUAUCCUGCAUCUACAGUACAGACAAAUGCAUGCACAUCCUUUAGAUGUCUUUAAAACACAAUGUUUCCAAACCCCAGUAUGUUUUACAAAAAAACAAAUGAAAUCGAAAAAAGACCCGUCAGAUAUUGCCAUUUUGUGAUUUGAUGCAUGUUUAUCUAGUUUUAAAUUAGACAAAAAAAAAAAAAAAAACAAUGACACGAUUGUUUUGAUGAAUUUAUGUAUAAAUGUAUAAUUUUAAACUCUGCUUUUCAAAUUGUAAUUCAGUCUGGGAGGGUUCCAGUUUAUGUAUAAUGUGUACAUUUUAAAUAUCUGAAAUAGAGUUUUAACAGAAAGCAGUCUGGAGAAAUUCACAGCAAAACCGCUUUCUGAAUGUGUAACUCCUUUUGAGGGUUUGAUGGGCUCAGUCAUAUUUCAAUUGCCUAUUUAUUUCUUAGCAAAUGCAUGAAAAUGAGUUGCUUGGUAGAGCAAGGCAGCCAGCCUGGUGGUACUGGAACCCUUCGCUGUCUUUGCAGUUUUGCAAUGGCUUGUCCUGUGGUUAUCCUACACAGUUUAUCCUGGUUUGCCAUGUUUAUUAAUAUGCUUUACCUGCACCUUGCUGUUCUUUACAGUGCUUACCUAUGCUUUGUUGCACUUUGCUGUGCUUUUACUGUGGGGACACUUUUAAUAGGGUUUAUUGUACGGCUUCAGUGGCAGGUUGUCCAAACCCAGUUUAUUCACAGUAAGGCGGUCCAGAGGUCAGUAAAAGGAGAAGGUGUUCCUCUGUCUGACAUCAGAGUGAUAAUUUGGUUGCACAGUAAUCAUGUGUGCAUAAAGAUACUCUUUAUAUUCUUUAAUGGACCAAUGAAUGACAAGAAUAAUCUCCAAAAACAUGAACAUGGCACACCUGGAUUGUGCAGGUAGCUGUAAAGCUGGGACAACAGCGCCAUCUGCUGGUUCUGCCUCGAAAGUGUCCGACGUCUAAUUUCAGUGUGCUUGGAAACAGAAUGUUGUAUGUGUUUGACCUUGUACAGCAACCACCCCGUUUAACAGAAAUUGAUAUAUUUUAAUAUAUUUAGAGUUUUUACAUUUUUAUUUUCCUUUUUUUUUUUGUUGCUAAUUUUACGUUCUGCUUCUGGCUGCACAUAAAGUAAGGAUGUAACUAAACUGUUCCAUUUACUGUUUUAUUUGCUGGACCUGUUUUAUAUGAAAAUUGCUGUGUAAGUUAAAUAAAUACACUAAAAAUAAAUAAAACUACAGGUAAAUAAUGCAGCUUUGUGAUAACCUGUUUAGUUUUUUUUUUGUUAAGGGAAUAAAAGUCUAACUAUACGGCAAGUGAAUCUCGCUUUAACACCAACUAGAUUCAGCUGUAUAUUAGUAUAUUAGUCCACAUGCAUGCAUCUUUGAUACAACCGUGAGCACAUACACCAUAAUUGCUUUGAAAUUAGCAGCAAAAAAACAGCUGCAAAUAAUUUUUUUUUG